AUGUGCAGACAGAGCAACCCUAAUACAGUUUUCAUUUGCAGGUUUGAUAAAGAGCUCAACAAAGUGGUUGCUAUUAAAGUCAUCGAUUUGGAAGAAUCAGAGGAUGAAAUUGAGGACAUUCAAAAGGAAAUUGCAGUUCUGUCACAGUGUCGAUCUCCGUAUAUUACAGAAUAUUAUGGGUCCUAUCUGCACCAAACUAAAUUAUGGAUAAUAAUGGAAUACAUGGCUGGUGGUUCUGUUGCUGAUCUUAUUGGACCAAAUCAGCCUUUGGAUGAAAUGUCCAUAGCUUGCAUUUUGUGGGACUUGCUCCAUGCAAUUGAAUAUCUCCACAACGAAGGGAAGAUUCACAGGGAUAUCAAAGCGGCAAACAUUUUGUUGACAGAGAAUGGUGAUGUUAAGGUUGCAGAUUUUGGUGUUUCUGCACAAUUAACGAGGACAAUUUCGAGAAGAAAGACUUUUGUAGGAACACCAUUUUGGAUGGCUCCUGAAGUAAUUCAGAAUUCAGAAGAAGGAUACAAUGAGAAGGCAGAUAUCUGGUCUCUAGGGAUAACUGCAAUUGAAAUGGCGAAAGGUGAACCUCCACUUGCAGAUCUUCACCCUAUGAGAGUUCUUUUCAUUAUACCUCGAGAAAAUCCGCCACAGCUGGAUGAGCAUUUUUCUCGUCCUAUGAAAGAAUUUGUCUCGUUGUGUCUAAAGAAGGUGCCUGCUGAGAGGCAAAGUGCAAAGGAACUUCUGAAGCAUCGUUUCAUCAGAAAUGCUAGGAAGAGUCCAAGGCUCUUGGAGAGAAUCAGAGAGCGCCCUAAGUUCCUACUAAAAGAGGAUGCAGAAACCCCUAGAAAUGGUCCAAAAGCUUUAGGGGAAGCAUCGGGCACUGUGAAAGUGACAAGAGAUUCAAGAGUUGGAGACACUGUCCGGGCCAGUCAGGAAAAAACCAUACGAAAUACUGGGUGGGACUUCAGCAUUGGUGGAGCAACUGGUACUGGAACAGUGCGAAGUGUUGUGAGACCACCUCAGGUUAGAGAAAGGAAGCCAGAGGCUCCUUUAAGUCAAUCUACUUCAAGAAAAAAUCUUGACAGUGGUAACCGGCCUUCGUCUGCUUCUGGAAGCAUGCCUUAUGAUUCAUCAGAAAUUUCGAUGAGAAAAGAUGCUGGAGAUCCAUACAAGGAUGAGAAACAAGAUUAUUACCCUGAAGAUGAAGAGCUGUCAGUGAGCGGAACAGGAACUGUUGUUGUACGAUCUCCAAGAAUGCAGUCAUCCUCUUUAUUCGGUGAUCAAAGUAUCUUGUCUAGCUGUACAUAUGCUUCUCUUGAGGAUGCUUCCACAAGUGGUACUAUUGUUUAUCGCGGGCAACAUGAUGACUCAGAUUCUCCUCGAACUCCAAAGUCCAGGCUGGGUAUCCAAGAGAGAACUUCAAGUGCAUCACUUGAAGAUAGUGCAACAAACCUUGCGGAGGCAAAAGCUGCCAUUCAAGGAAAAUUAAGGAAAGGAAAUGUUAGAGAAAGCUCUGUAUUGGCCAAGGUAAAUAAAGACAGGCAAGAAAGUAAAAAAUCAGAGCAAUCAACAAACAGCUCUGAUUCUUCAAGACUAUCUCGUGAGUUUGAUGUGCAAAAAGUAUUUCCAAGAUCACGCCACACAGUUGAUGGAGAAGACAGUGCUAGAAUUUCUGCAGCAGCAUCGUCUGCCCCAUUGUCAAUUCUGCUCAUUCCUUCAUUAAAAGAGGUGACUGCUGAUGAUUCAGAAGGGUCAGUUGCGCGUGCAUUGACAAAUUCAUUCAUGGAUGUGGAGUGCAUGAAGCCUGGGUCUAGUGAAGCUUUUGUCACCAGUAUGCUUCACCGGCUAGCAAGUUCAGAGGAAUCUUCACUGAAGGAACUGCAGGAGAAGGCAGCUCGCAUGUUCACCGAUGGCAAGACAACUCCUGAGCAAACUGAGAAUACAAAUACAGAAGCUGAUAGCAAGAAAAAGCAACAAAAUAAAGAGCUUCAUUCAAAUGCCAAUUUGAGUCCACUUGCUAGGUUUUUGCUUUCAAGAUGGGUAGGCCAAGUUUCCCGAGAUCUAAACCCAGCUUAAGAGGCCAGAUCAUUGUCUAUUUUAGGCUUUUUAGUCUCAUCUGUUUAUGCAUUGAUUGAUUGAGUGUACAUAAACAUUUAAAGAUACCUGUGUUUUUUAUGCUUUACUUUUAUUUUUGUCACCACCCAAGAAAAAUUAUCUUAUUUACCUUUUUUUCCCUACUAGUGGAAACAUUGAGGAAUAAUGAAUAACUAGAUUGAUUUAUUGUAAUUUUGAUAGAUCUUUUUCCGUAAUAUGAAAG